AUGUAUGGUGAUAAACCAAAGCAAACGCAUAGGCCAAAAGUUCAUCCAACUACUUCAGUCGCUUCCGAAGCUUCCAUGCAUCGCCAAAAACUUGCAUCGCUGCGGUCAAGCUUUUUAACUCAGCUUUCAGGCCAACCCAAAGAUGUUCCAUUCGCUGGUAGUUCGACUUCAUCUAACUCGAUUAAUAAUUCCAUUCCGAGCGAUGAGGUGCUUCCGCGAUCGUUGACUCCGAGAGCUCGUGAUUCCUACACGACCACUCUAACCAGUAACGGUCUUCCUAGUCUUCAGUCUCGUUUUCUCAAUCCAACUGUUCAGCCAGAUUCAUAUUCGCCUUCUUUGAUGCCUAACCUUUCUAUGACGUCAAAUGCCCCAGUUCACCCUCGUGCCUCCUAUCAUCCUCGUCACAUCGUCAGGAGAAGUGUUCGUGCAAAUCCCAAUAGCAGUGUCAUUUCUCAAGCUCGUGAUCCUAUUAAAUCUUUUCAUAUUUCUAAUCUACCAAAACCCAGAGUAUCUGACACCCAACCAUCAGUAUGGAGAUAUUCUUCACCCCGCUACACUGAUUCCAAGUGUCCAACAAUUGUGUACGAAACACUAACUAGUGUUCCUGCUCCUGAAGCUAGAAUUGUCUCAAGGGAUGGGAAUGCCACGGGCUCUUAUCCUCAGUCAAGCUUCAGUAACUCCAUGUUCUACCAUCGUGGUGUUAUUGAACCCACAGAACAGUUUCAAUCCGUUAUCACACUCUCGCCCAGUGAACCACUGUGCCUUUAUGCUGCAAGACAGGGCGAGUAUUGUCGAUCAUGUCAAAGAUUAGCGAAUUCUGGAACAUCUUCAUUUCAUCGAUCAUCUUCUAGACACUCGAUGAAAAAAGAUUCCAGCGAGGAUUCGUUUACUGCGCGCCACCGGAGACGGAAUAAGCUGCAUAACUCACUUCCAACUGGUUAUCGAUCUGUAAACGAUCUAAAGCGUCGCUCUCGACGCCGUAUUCUUGCUUCGUCGUCUUCAUCGUCAUCUUCAAGUUCUUCGUUAAACAUUCAUGGUGAUAACGCCUAUGCGGCUCUCUCCUCUGACGAAUUUUGGCCGAUCGCGGUAUCAAAACCGAGAGAUCGAGUGUGUCGACGACGUCGUACACGGUCACUAAACCCACGGAGGAGGCGUAAGGUUCCCAUUUCGGAUUCCUUUACUGACUCCGCUCCGGUUGAUGCUGAAGGUGAUGGUGACGACGAGGAAGAGGAAGCACGGGCUGUUGACGCUCUGGCAAUGCGCCUUCAACCCAUGUUAGCGGAGGGCAGGGCUGCUGAAGUGCAGACAAUUCUGCUGAAGGCACUGACUCGACCUGAAACACGACAACGAGCGCUGAGCUUGCUUGACUAUUUGACCAGUGAGGGUGCUAUUUUUGCCCUUCAGAACCGUUCACAGGAUCAAGCCUCACGCAAAAGUGAUACUUCUCAAAACGACGCUAUCACCGCUACCACAAGUGAUGUGAGCAGCAAUCUCUCACAGACCUUCGCCUCUCGAUUGAAACUGGCUGGUGCUGUAGCGACUAACGACAGUGGUGACGAGGAAGACGAUGACGACGACGAGAAGUCUAGUGAAAUCUUUGGCAACACCUCGAUAGCAUCUGCACCGGGUGAUAAUAAGACGUCGACCACUAUGACUACCACUGCUGCUAAUACUGCAGCGUCAUCUGUUGUGCGGGUGCUGCUACCACCCGGAGGUCUGGUGGAACCCCCACCUCCCCGACUCUCGAUGCCCCCGCCCAAACCACUGCCUCCGCCUACAUCUCGGUCGGCCGUCGUGCCGGCAGUUGAGGAACUUGCUCGCAUUGACGGUCAUGUUCUCAAGAUGUUAAAUGUUAAUCCACCUCUGAUAACGGACUUGGUCUCCCAAUUGACGAAGGACAGCAGUUCCGAUGUCGAAAUUGUUAGUCAUAUGGAUGUACACUGGAAUUCUGCGGGCAGAUUAAUUUGUUGUGUCUCUAGACGGCUGUUUCGAUGGGUGACGGCGAAGAACUUUGAUCUGAUCGAGUACGAUCCCUCCGCACCAAGUGACUCCUUUGUUGGCAUGCUUCGCAACGUCCAAAUGGGUUCUCUGUCUAGGAAUGAACUCUUCCAUGAACUUUGUCGCUUUGCCGGAAUCUACUGUCAGUACAUAUCGGGCUACUCCAAAGGUGCCGGCUAUCGGCCGGGCAUGUCACUUAAACAGGGUUCCCUCUUUCGCAACACCUGGUUGGCUGUCUAUGCAGCUGGGGGCUGGCGAUUUGUUAAUUGCAAUUGGGCUGCUCGUUAUGUCACUUCGACUUGGAACUCUCCCUCUCCUGAGUUUGCAGAGGCGCCUCCCAAGUGUGACGACUUUUACUUCUUCACCGACCCCGAACAGCACAUUUUUGAGCACUGGCCGGAUAAUAAGGUGUGGCAACUGCUCCACGCCAAACCAAUAUCACAGGCCCGAUUCGUUUCCUUGCCUGUUCUCAAAUCGGCCUUCUUUAAUGCAGGACUUUCUCUCAAGAAGCCCUAUUCUCAGCGUAUUGUUACCAAGAAUGGUCAGGUUAGUAUUAAACUUCGGAUGCCCUACUUCGUUGGUAUAUCCUGCAGCUUGGAGAACUUCGCUGACGGCAAUUUUCUCAAGGGUCUCUGCCUAGCCGAAGUGCUCACAAAACCCCCAAAUAUGGUUCGUAUCCACUGUGCACCUUCGCAACCGGGUCGGUACUACCUCAACAUCUACGUCUCGCCUGAUUGGCGGCAGGACGAUAUUCGUGAAUUGGCAUGCUCGUUUCAGGCAAUCAUGGGGCGGCUACCGGAGGUUGGGUUCCUGGGUCGAACCCCUGCUGCUCAACACUUUGGCGUCUCGUUGCUCAGAAGCAACAGCAAUCGGCCUUAUAUUCUUCACACCUCCUCCGAUCCUCUCAAAAUACCCUUCUUCAUCUCUCCUGGCUUGCGGUUGUGCCACCAGCUUAAGUCCUUUGACCGUCCGGGUCAUCAGAUGACGGACUGCGACAACUACGCCCUUCUUCAAAUGCGCUCAUCCACUAGCUUCGACUCCUCAUCUACCAUCACCACUACCGCUACCACCGUGCUUAGUAACACUUUGGGCCAUUCAAAUGCGAACGCGCACUACCAUCUGCGCCUGCCUGUUAACGCCUUCUACUACCUUACUAUCUAUGCUGCCUAUGAAGAUAUUGGGACCAUCUCCACUGAGGCUAGUGACCAUCUGGAAUGUGUUUAUCGAAUACUUGUAGAUGCACGAAGACCCACUGUUUCCAGUGGUUCGGGUUCGGUUCCUGCUUUCCCUAGGCAAACAUACUGGUGGGUAGGAGCUCGUUUACUGGAGCCCACUCGUCUCAGCCUGGAAGUGAAUAAGCGUCAUCUCUUCCGCCUUGAUGUACCCGUCAAGUAUGCCUCUGUCGCCGUGGUGAUUAACGCCUCAGAAUGGUACUUUCUUAAGUCUUCUCCCACCUCCUCUUCCUCCUCGGGCUGCGCGCGAUGGUCGGGCAAGGUGGUACCGUUAGUCACCGGCGAGUUGGCUGUCUACGCAUCCACCACGAAGGAAAGCGCUGCUUCCACUACGGAGUCUACAGAAGGCGUACCCUACGUCAAACUCCUCGAGUAUGCUCUCUUCCAGUCUGCGCCUCAACAACUAUCACCAACUCCACCACAACCAUCCCAACAGCAGCCUUCGUCGGGCUGCUGA